AUGUCUGUCAAACCCAUAGAUACGUUUAUUACGAACAGCGUGAAGCUCUUUGAGGUGAAUCCAUCGCAAACAACGUUCACGAUAUUGUAUCAACAUCGUGCUCGUAAAUAUACAGGAGAGAAACCCAACAACAUACCACAGGUUUCGUUUAAAACUCAUAAUGGCUCGCUGUCAACAAAUUAUAAAUUCACAACGAGGAAAAGCAAGGAUGUCUCAAGACUUCUAAGCGCCUUAGGCCCCAAGGGUGUCACGAUAGCAGUUUCCAAGGUGGACAAAAAAAUUAGAAAAUCGACCAAGGCCAACGAUCAGCAGAUUAAAAAGAAGAGAGACAAUGUUAAGCAGUUCAAAUCGAACGACAUCGCAGGCAUAAGUACCUUGUUAGUGAAUACUGACGUUAAAGAGUAUGUGCCUGUGCAGGAGGCCAGUAGUCAACAGACUGAUGGUAAGCAAGGGUCUUCAUCCAAGAAGAAGAAGCAAAAUAAGAACAAGAAUAAGAAGAAGCGUUAA